AUGGAAGGCAAAAAAAUAUCAUUUGGAUUUACUAAAACUAAAACAGCAAAUAAACCAGUAAUAGUAGAAAAGAAGGAAUACAUCGACUGUGUUGAAGAAAAAUCCAUCAAAGUUGUUGGAGGAGAAAUAAAGGAAGAAAUCAAACCUCUAGUUAUACCUAUGAAACCCAAUACACUGAUAACUGCUGAUAGAUUAAAAGAGAUUGCAGCAAAAGUGGAAAACUUUGAAGAGCCAGACAUAAAUAAUGACGCACAAGAAAAGCAUAAAGAUGUUGUAAAAGAUGAAACCUUGGAUCAAAUGGCUAUUAGGGAAUUGUUAGAAGAUGCUAAAAAGGAAAAAACUGAAGAAAAACCUAAUUUUAUUGUUCCAGUAAAUGCAAAACCUGUAAUGGAUGGCCAAGCAGAGGCAACUCUUGACGAUUAUGAUUCAGUGCCAAUACAAGAAUUUGGAAUUGCAAUGUUACGAGGAAUGGGAUGGACACCUAGCAAAGACCAGUCAAAAUAUAGGCAACCUCUACUACGUCCAAAAGGUCUUGGACUAGGUGCAGACAAAAUGGUCAAAGAUAAUCAAAAUAAAAAAGGGACCAAAGACAAAGAUGAAGAGUUGUCUAUAGUUAAGAAUUCUUUUGUCAAAAUUACUUCGGGAAAGCAUAGUGGAUAUUAUGGAAAGGUUGUAAGCUUAGACGAAGACAAUGGCCGUGUUGUAGUCGACAUUACAAUUAAAAAAGAAACAGUGAGCCUCAGUGAGUUCAUGAUGCAAGCAGUCACAAAAACUGAAUUCGAUAAGCAAUCUAAAGUUAUUAAUACAGACUCUUAUGAAGAAUACAAAAAGAAAGAAGUGCUUAAUUCAAAACAAAAUAGUUCUAAAACAGAAGACAUAAAGAGUGCAUCAUCCAGUAAGAGAAAUGAAGUGAGAGAUAGAGAUAAAGAAGAGAGACAUGGAGAAGAGAGACUUAAAAAGAAUGAUCAUUCAAAUGGCCGAAGUAGGGAAAGGAAUAGACGAGAUUCUUCUGGUAGUGAAGAUCGAAGACAUAGAAAGAAAUAUAAGAAAAAGUACAGCAGUAAUGAAUCAUUAAGCUCAGAUUCUGAUAAACCCAGGCAUAGACGGCGAAGUAGUAGUAGCGACUCUCCUGGUUAUCACAAAAAGGAAAGUAAAAAAAAGAAAAAAGAUAUAGACAAAAAGAGGAAAGGCAAGAAGAAGAAAAGAGAUAGAGAUCGCUCUCCAAACUAUAAAAAGUACAGAAAA